ACAGUUUGUAGUCUGUAUAAUUCAUAAACGCAUCUUCAUUCUUAUUGAGGCUCUCAAACAGUGUGUAGCUUUAGCCACGUUAGCCGUGCAACACGCUAUCAAAAUCAUUCAGAAUCGAAUUUUAGCAAACAUCCACAAAAUACAUGCCAUACCUAUGUUAUAUGCUGCAUCAAGAACAGUUUAAUGAUCCAUUUUGUGAGUUAUAUUUGCUGUGUUAGCCUAUGUAUGCCUCAGUGUAUUGGAAUGAGGAGCCAGCUUGGGGGUGGGGAGCACCAGCUCAUUUGCAUUUAAAGCAACCCCCACAAAAAUGGCUUGAUUUUGCUCACACCCAAAUCGGGGCAAAUUUGACAAGCUAUAAUAAAUGAUCUGUGGGGUAUUUUGAGCUGAAACUUCACAGACACAUUCUGGGGACACCAGAGACUUAUAUUACAUAUUGUCAAAAGGGGCAUAAUAGGUCACCUUUAACAAAAACAAUAGUGAAUUUAACAUCAAAAUUUAACAUCUAUGUUAAAAUGUGUCUUUAUGAAAACUUUUCCUUUUAAAUACUUCAGUCAGUUCAAGAAUAAUUUAUGCAAUUUUAUAUUAUUUAUUUGAAAGAAUUAAAAGACAAUUUCAUGUCUAUCCUUGUAUUGUUCAACUGGUUGAGGUAUUUAGAAAGAAAUUAGUUAAAAUUACAGUUAAAACAGUGGCAUAUACAGAGAGUGUAAGAAAGUGAGCAAGCCUCAUGCUGGCAGGAGACAUGCCUCGUUCAGGUGACCGGCGCGUAGCAGAGCACCUUGCGCUUGCCUCCUGAAUCACAGCAGCACGGUAUAAAAGCCAGAGGCGGCAGUGGACGGGAUGAGAGAUCUCCAUCAGGAUAACUCGCAGAGCUGCUCCGCACACAUUCAGAUACAAACAAAUAACGAUAAUCACUGAUUAGUCACCAAAAAGAGGGAUGAAGACCAUCAACUUUUUUACCGAUUUGUUUCUUGUAUUCGUAGCCAGUAAUGCGAGCGCUUGGAUUAUCAGAAAUGCGACUGAAACACUCUCCGGAACCAAUCUCACUAACAAUAAAUCGGAAACGGGUGAUGACGGAUUGGCAUCAAUACCCAAAUCAAGGCGAAAACGGUACAUUUCGCAGGGUGACAUGAUAGCAAUUCUGGACUAUCACAACAAGGUGCGCGCGAGUGUUUUCCCACCCGCAGCAAACAUGGAGUACAUGCUUUGGGAUGAAGGCCUGGCCAGGUCAGCAGAAGCUUGGGCAGCUACCUGUUUUUGGGAACAUGGACCUCCUUACCUUCUCCGAUAUCUGGGUCAAAACCUAUCAGUCCGAACUGGCAAUUACCGCUCCAUUCUUCAGAUGGUUAAACCUUGGUAUGAUGAGGUCAGAGAUUAUGCGUUUCCGUACCCGCGUGACUGCAAUCCCCGCUGCCCGAUGCGCUGUUAUGGACCCAUGUGCACACAUUACACACAAAUGGUGUGGGCGUCAUCAAACCGAGUUGGAUGUGCCAUCCAAACCUGUUACAAUAUGGUAGUGUGGGGUGCCGUGUGGAGGGAGGCAACGUACUUGGUCUGCAAUUAUUCCCCAAAGGGCAACUGGAUUGGCGAAGCACCUUACAGAGUCGGUGUGCCAUGCUCAGCUUGUCCUCCAAGCUACGGAGGUUCAUGCAGCAACAACAUGUGCUUUCCUGCCGUCAACUCAAACUUCAUGUACUGGUUUAAAUAAGCUGUCUGUCAUAUGUUGAACGCUAUUGAGUGCAUUUUUACAAUGAUGUUCUGUGUAAUAUAUCUUUUAAAUCCAUAUGCAUUUUGUACAGCAGAUUUAGCUGCUUUUUUAUGUGAUGAUACUAUCUAUUCCAGAAAUGGUGCUAAUGUUAAUACAAUCUUAACAUGACUGUUUUAGUAUCAGCCAUCAUAUUGAUGCUCAUGGAUAGUAGUUAUAUUUUCUUCUGGUGCACAGAUCAAGUCUGUACUGAUCACUCUAUAUAAUAAUGUUUAUAUUCCACUUUUAUAGCCUACACAUUAAGUCCAUUACGUCAGGGUUUUUCCAAGGUGCUUAGACAUAAAACAUUCAAGCUAUUUUUUGUUUUUAUAGCUGUCCAUGUAUUUUCAGUAGCAAAAACCGCUCUGAGGUUUUUGUAAUGAUAACGUUGAAUGUAUUUUCAACAUUUUUAUUUGGUCAUGUAAAGUUCUCAUACGUGUUGAGUUAUUUUAUAUGUUGUGGUGUGUGUGUUACAUUUACUGUAGUUUGGCAGUUCAUGAUAAAUGAUCAUGGAAUGGUGCUCUUCAGUGUCAAGUAUUGCUACUCUGAAUUUGAUUAGCUUUUCUCUUUACAUUAUGUUUGUUGAACAGUAAUGUUGCCAUGGUUAUACUUACAUGACCUCAGAUUGUGACCUCUACCUAACCCCACAUCCUAGUUUUUUUUAGUUCUCUAGGAGAGAGGAGAUGCUUCUAAGCUAUUAAAUUUAUAUGACUGUGUAAUGUCAUAAAUUUGUAUGAUAUAUAAUACAAAUAUUGUUGUGCCAGCAUAUCCUAACUAACAGUUCUUUCAAUUGGUGUCUUACUGAGAUGAUUAAUAACAGAUAUUUGUUAUACAUUCCCAGCACACAGUAGCAGUAUUGUUUUCUUCUUCUCCUUCUUCUUUUUUAAAUGAGAGAUAUAUGUAGAUUGUAUGCCCUUAAAUGAACUUAAACACAAGAUAUAGCACAUAUUACACUGUGACCCAAUAUGUAGUUUAAGUGUUUCUACAGUUUUGUUCUGAAAAUAUAAUAAAGAAGUCUUUACUA